CAUAGCCAUAGCCGUUAUGACAGAUCCCAAUGUUUGCCACGUGUAGCGUCGUGUGGCCAAGAUUUCACCGGCUUUGAAGUGGGCGAUAACUGCAAACGCCGGCGGCCGGCGAGCAUGCAACGAGCGCUUCACACAUUUUCAACUGUGCCUCGCUUUCUGUAGAUGAAGUGCAUCCUAGACAUCGCUCGUUCCGUAGGUGCUUCCAUUCCACUGACAGAACCGGUCAUUUCGGCUUGAUCGGUCGCAGUUUCCCGGCGCUCGCGCUGCCAACUUAAUAUCUUAGGCCUAGGUCAGGCAGUAAUUGCUCAAGAUGAGUUCAACAGGCUCCGUGCUCUACAAGCGCUCGUCAUGGUGGGUACGGAUGAACCCCGACAAGCAGGAGACGCUGCUCAAGAUGUCCAUCCUCUCCAUGGCUGCCGUCCUGUCAUUCGUGUGCCGGCUGUUCUCGGUGCUGCGCUUCGAGAGCGUCAUCCACGAGUUCGACCCCUACUUCAACUACCGGACGACGCGGUACCUGGCCGAGGAGGGCUUUUACAGCUUCCACAACUGGUUCGACGACCGGGCCUGGUACCCGCUGGGCAGGAUCAUUGGCGGCACCAUCUACCCUGGUUUGAUGGUCACGUCAGCAGCACUGUACCACGCACUCCAGUUCCUCCACAUUACGGUGGACAUCCGUAAUGUGUGUGUUUUCCUGGCACCUUUCUUCUCCAGCCUGACCACCCUGGUCACUUUCCUGCUUACCAAAGAGCUCAGGGACACAUCCUCCGGCCUGGUGGCAGCCGCCAUGAUCUCCAUUGUUCCUGGCUACAUUUCUCGGUCGGUGGCCGGCUCGUAUGACAAUGAGGGCAUUGCCAUCUUCUGCAUGCUGCUCACCUACUACAUGUGGAUCAAGGCAGUAAAGACUGGAGCCAUCUCGUGGGCCGCCCUUUGUGGACUGGCUUAUUUCUACAUGGUGUCGUCGUGGGGAGGCUACGUCUUCCUCAUCAACUUGAUCCCUCUGCACGUGCUGGCCCUGAUGGCUACCGGACGUUUCUCCCACCGCAUCUACACUGCGUACAGCACGUUGUAUGUGCUGGGGACACUGCUGUCAAUGCAGAUCUCUUUUGUGGGCUUCCAGCCCGUCCAGUCCUCUGAGCACAUGGCUGCCCUGGGCGUGUUCGGGCUGUGCCAGCUGCACGCCUUUGUGGACUAUGUGCGCUCGAAGCUGCCCCGGGAGCAGUUUGAGCUGCUCUUCCGCACCGUGGUGCUGGCCACGGCGGGGGUCACCCUGGCCGUGGGUGGAGUCCUCACCGUCCUCGGCAAGAUCUCGCCAUGGACGGGGCGCUUCUACUCGCUGCUGGACCCGUCGUACGCCAAGAACAACAUCCCCAUCAUCGCCUCGGUGUCGGAGCACCAGCCCACCUCGUGGUCCUCCUUCUACUUCGACCUGCAACUGCUCGUCUUCAUGUUCCCCGUGGGGCUGUACUUCUGCUUCAGCAAGUUGACCGACGCCAACAUCUUCAUCAUACUCUACGGCAUCACCAGCAUCUACUUUGCCGGCGUCAUGGUGCGUCUAAUGCUGGUCCUUGCCCCCGUCAUGUGCAUCCUGGCCGGCAUCGGUGUGUCCGCGAUGCUCACCACCUACUCGAAGCAGAUGGAUGCGGUGCCCGUGGACAAGAAGGGGCGCAAGCACGAGGGGAACUACUUCAUGCGCAGCGAGGUUGCGCAGGGCUUUGUGGCCAUGAUGUCCAUCCUGCUGGUGUCGUACACGAUGCACUGCACGUGGGUGACCUCGGAGGCCUACUCCUCUCCCUCCAUCGUGCUCUCGGCCAGGGGCCACGACGGCUCGCGCAUCAUCUUCGACGACUUCAGGGAGGCCUACUACUGGCUGCGCCACAACACGCCAGAGGACGCCAAGGUGAUGUCGUGGUGGGACUAUGGCUACCAGAUCACGGCCAUGGCGAACCGCACGAUUUUGGUGGACAACAACACGUGGAACAACACGCACAUCUCGAGGGUCGGACAGGCCAUGGCCUCGUCGGAGGACCGCGCCUACCAGAUCAUGCGCGAGCUGGACGUCAACUACGUGCUCGUCAUCUUUGGCGGCCUCUCGGGAUACUCCUCUGACGACAUCAACAAGUUCCUGUGGAUGGUGCGCAUUGGAGGCAGCACGGAGCGGGGCCAGCACAUCAAGGAGCAGGACUACUACACCUCGUCGGGAGAGUUUAGUGUGGACCGCGAGGGCUCCCCCGUGCUCCUCAACUGCCUCAUGUACAAGAUGUGCUACUACCGCUUCGGCUCCGUCUACACAGAGGCCGGUAAGCCACCUGGCUACGACCGGGUGCGCAAUGCCGAGAUCGGCAACAAGGACUUCGAGCUGGACGUCUUGGAAGAAGCGUACACGACGGAGCACUGGCUGGUUCGAAUCUACAAGGUCAAGGAUCUACCAAACAGGGGAGUCUGAAGCGCUCAAAUCCCGAACCUUUCAUCGACGACACGUCACCCCCGUCGCGUCGCAUUGACUUCACGUCGUCACGUCAUGUUGGACGACGCCUCUUCUCUCGGCCAUGUUUCAUUCUCCCCCUCGAUCGACUCCCUGGUAAAAGUGCUGCCGCUGGGGGGCUGCUCUGGCGGCAUUUGUUUGAGCGUCGUCUGAAAGUCUGCCAAGUGUGCGUGUGGGUUUUUCUCUUUUUUUUUUCCACAGUUUUUUUUUUUUACAUAAUGUACGUUUUCUGGGUGCUAUCGUUGGAUGUGAGAAAGGGUGGCUGCACAUGGAAUAAAUUUUUUUAUGGAAACCAAAUA